UUGGGGGUAGAGUGCUGACAUGGAUAGAAAAUAGGUUGGCAGACAGGAAACAAAGAGUAGGGUUUAAAACGUCCCUUUCAGAAUGGCAGGCAGUGACUAGUGGGGUACCGCAAGGCUCGGUGCUGGGACCGCAGCUAUUUACAAUAUAUAUCAAUGAUUUAGAUGAAUGUUCGUAGGUUAAUUUUAAAGUCUAAUUCCUUUAUUCUGCAGAUGCAACUUGUUCCUGAGAAUCACUGGGAGAUUGAAAGCAAGUUACUGUCACAGGGUUUUAUCCCAACACAACUAGAGAGCAGUCCUGAACUACUUACUACUCUCCCGUGGCCCUCUGACUAUCUUUGAUCAGACUUUACUGGCUUUACCUUGCACUAGACGUUAUUCCCUUAUCGUGUAUCUGUACAUUGUAAAUGGUUCAAUUACAAUAAUGGAUUGUCUUCCCGCUGACUGGAUAGCCACACAACAAAAGCUUUUCACUGUCCCUCGGUACACGUGAUAAUAAACUAAACUGAACGGAACUGAAUUAAGCUGGAAAGAGCGCAGAGAAGAUUUAAGGGAAAGUUUCCAGGAUUCGUACACUUGAGCUCUAGAGAGAGGUUGGGCAGACUAAGACUUUAUUCCUUGGAGCGCAUGAGGAUGAGGGGUGAUCUGAAAGAUGUGUAUAACAUCAUGAGGGAAAUUGAGGGUGAAUCCACAGUCUCUUACCCGUGGUAGAGGCUUAGGGUUAAAGUGAGGGAGGAAAGAUUCCAUUGGAACAUGAGGGACAACUUUUUUACUCAGAGGGUGGCGGGGGUCUGUGCAACGAGCUACCAGAGGAACUAAUUGAAGCAGGUACUAUAUCAACAUCUAAAGUACAUUUGGACAGUGGCAUGGAUGGAAAAGGUUUAUAAAGGUAUGGGCCAAUUGUGAACCAGUGGGACUAGCAUAGAUGGGGCAUUGUGUUGGCACGGACCAGUUGGGCCAAAUGACGUAUAUUGAUUAAGAGGGAGAUACUUUGCUGCCUUACAUACACCUCUGCUACAGAAAGAACCACCAGCAACCUCUCUGCUUUCCUCUAGGAGAACACACACAACUGAAGACAAGGAGGAGCCCCGGUGCCCAGACCUCUCCCCCCCGGGCAGUGCUGGGACCACUGGAUCAUCGCACAGGCGAGACAAGGACAGACAAAGAAGGAGAAUGGGAAAUGCCAGUUCCAGCCAACAGACGGCUCAGUCUGAGACCUCCACAUACUUCACACAGGAAGAGAUCAGCAAACUGAAGUCCGACUUCGAAACGGGAGGUGUGGAAAAGGUUAAAUCUCUGCUGAAGAAGAAGGUGAAAGAACUGGACAACACCGAGCUGAACAUCGCCGUGACGGGAGACACGGGUGCAGGAAAAUCCAGCCUCAUCAACGCCAUGAGAGGUCUUUGUAGCGAAGAUGAGGGAGCGGCUGCGGUUGGGACCACGGAAACUACAAUGGAGCCAACCGGAUACUCACAUCCCACUCUGCCCAAUGUCCGCUACUGGGACCUGCCGGGGAUCGGAACUACACAAUUCACCGCGGGUUCCUACCUGAAGGAAAUGGAAUUUAAAAAAUACGAUUUCUUCAUCAUAGUGGCAGCUGGUCGAUUCACAGAGAAUGAUGCAAAACUUGCCAAGGAGAUUAAGCGGCUGGGGAAGGAGUUCUAUUUUGUCCGCUCUAAGAUUGACGCUGACCUUGAUUCAAUGCGGAAGGAACGGAAGACAUUUGAUGAAGGUGCAGAAAUGGGAAAGAUCCGGAGCGACUGCGUCAGUAGGUUGGGAAAGGCCGGGAUCCCUGAUCCCACAGUGUUCCUGAUAUCCAGUUUUGAGCCGGAUCGGUAUGAUUUCCCUCGGUUAAUGGAAGCACUUGGAGAUGGUUUACCAAGUAUAAAGGAAUCUGUCUUCAUCCUGGCCCUUCCCAACAUCAAUGUGCAGAUUAUUAGGAAGAAACGUGAGGUGUUGGUGAAACGUAUCUGGAUGUUGGCGAUCAUGUCGGGAGGAGUGGGAGCGAUCCCGGUCCCGGGUCUCUCUGCCGCCUGUGACAUGGGGAUAUUGAUUGGAGCGAUAAUUGAUUUCCGUAAAGGCCUGUGUCUGGAUGAUGUUGCUCUGCGCAUAUUGGCCGAGAGAACAGGCAAGUCCGUGGAAGAUCUGAAAGCCGCAGCACAAUCAUUCCUACUGGGAGAAAUAACUGCACCCAUUAUAGUCAGGAUGGGGUUAGGUGCAGUCGCCGUCACUGUUUCAGUUGUGGGAACCGCUCUUUACCUAAUCCCAGGAAUUGGUUCAGUUUUUGGAGCCGGGUCAUCAUUUCUGAUGACCUACUCGAUACUGACUAAGGCGCUGCAACUUCUGGUCGAGUGCGCAGAGAAGGUGCUCGCUGUUGCCAAAGGCGCCGAGUAACCGCUCUGCACCAAUAUCCAUCCCGUCAUUUCACGUUGAGCUGGGCUUCAUACUUUGAAGAAAGCUAACGCCAAAUCGUGCGCUAAUUCUUACUGAUUGCUGUUUGCUUGGAGCUCACUGUUAGACUGUCUAGGCCCACGUGAUCUCCCGUUUGCUAAACACUUUAACUCCCCCUCCCUUUCCCACACUGACCUUUCUGUCCACUGUCAGAGUGAGGCUUCAUGAAAGUUAGAGGAACAGCAUCUCAUGUUUCGCUCGGGCAGCUCACAACCCAGCGGUAUGAAUAUUAAUUAGUCCAAUGGCAAGGACCCCUUGCUUUCCCUCUCUCUCUAUCCUCCCGAAUUAAUUUUACUGCUUGAAUGCCUCCUUGGCACCUUCCCCUCACCUAACAAUGAUCCAUUCUACAUUUUCCUUCAGCAGCGUCCCCUUGGAUCUCUCGUUUUCACACCUCACCCUCCCAUAUCUCUAUGUCUCCCUCUCCAUUGACUAUCACUGAGGAAGGUCACGACACGAAACAUCGCCCAUUCCUUCUUUCUGAGAUGUUGCCUGUCCCUCUGACUUACUCCAGCAUUUUGUGCCUAUCUUCAUGUUCUCCUGAGAUGCUGCCUGGUCAACUGAGUUCCUCUAGCACUUUGUGACUUUUUAUUGUAAACCAGCAUCUGCAGUUCCCUGUUCCUGCUGUUUGCUGUAAUCAUUUUUGGAAAUAUUCCUCGUCCAUUUUGAAAUUUCUGACACUGUGGUACAUUACUGAGGGAGGGGGAGGGGCACUCAGUUGAACAGGCGGCCAUAAAGGAUCAGCGCCCUAUGUUGAACAAGUACAGAGAUAUUAUUCCCAGCAUCCUGGUCAAUGUUCACCUGUGAAGCAUCAACAGUGUGCUGGGUGAUCUGGUCAUGUUCAGCUUCCUGUGCAUCGGGUCAUGCUGUGUCCAUGUUUCACACACCACAACUACAAACACUUCAGAAGCCCCCUAAAGAUGUAAAGCACUGACCCUGAAAUAGUCACAAGCGGGACAUAAUAUAGUGGGAACAUUUGCCCCAGUGGGUCAUGUCCUGUGUUGAUCUGGCCAGCAACUCACUUGGGCAGUUUACAACCCAGCGGAAUGAAUAUUGAAUCUCUAACUUCAAGUAACCCUUGCAUCCCCUCUCUCUCCGUCCCCCCCACCACCCUCGUCAUCAGACUAGUUUCACUAUCGUCCUGUUGAGUACCACAGUCUGUAUAACUCGUUACCACCUUCCCCAUAGCCAACAAUGCACCAUUGUGGGCUCUACCUGUCCUUCAUCAUCGCGCCUUGUUUUGAUUUGUCCUUUUACAUAUAUUUCAUCCAUUUGUUCUCUGUACCAUUCCAUAUCUCUCGUUUCCCUCUCCCUGACUCUCAAUCCGAAGAAGGGUGUCGGUCCGAAAUGCCACCUAUUCCUUUUCUCCAGAGAUGCUGCCUGCCCCGCUGAGUUACUGCAGCGUGUUGUGUCUGUCUAUGAUUCUACCAGCCCGUUUGUGUCCCUCAGAACUUCCCGACAAGCAACAAUAAACCAGUUCUCAUUCAGCAGCAAAACACUCCAAUGCAUCUACUUUGGUAUCAAUGUGAACUGGAAAGUCAGCGCCUUCAUUAGAUUGUGCCUGGCAGCGAGUGUCUGGGAAGGACGUUUCUCUCCAGGACGGGAAACUUCCAGUGUGGGGGAAAGUGGGAACGUGUCUGAGAACCUGUCACUUGUCUUAUUCCCAGUAAUCUUCACCAAGGUGAAGGAGUGGAGAUACAUCUGCAAGAAGACCAACUCUCUGUGAGGGAACUGGGACCAUGUCUAUCAUCUACAGCUCCAGACAAAGAGAUAUGGAGAAUGUUUAGAACUGAUGAGAAUGACCCGCCUGAAAUACAUCCCACUGGAAUGUGGGCGGCACAGUGGCGCAGCGGUAGAGCUGCUGCCUCACAGCGCCAGAGACACGGGUUCAAUCCUGACUACGGGGGUUGUCUGUUUGUGCAUGGGCUUCCACCGGGUGUGACGGUUUCCUCCCACACUCCAAAGACAUACAGGUGUGUGUGUUAAUUGGCUUCUGUCAGCAUUGUAAAUUGACCCUAGUGUGUAGGAUAGUACUAGUGUACGGGAUGAUCGAUGGGCCGCAUGUAAUCAGUGGGCCGAAGGGCCUGUUUCCGCGCUGUAUCUCUAAACUAAACUAAACUGUAACCACGACUGUUUUGGUAUUAUUUUGAAUUCUGUUAUUAUAUGAAAACAUUGUUUCUAAUGUAACCGACAAUUACUAUUGCAGCUUUGAUCAUACAGCUCGUUGAUUGAGCAGGAAAUGCUGAUGUAAAAUAAGCCACAUUGGGGGGUUUAAUAUGUACUUGUGUAGUAAUGUGGACCCUGUUCCCUUCAACUGACUUGUUGAUGGGGAAUGUGUGUAAUCAGAUUAGUCUCGCACAGCAACAGGUGACUCUUUGACAUGAUAUGUAACACUGUUGCUGUUGAUGGGUCAACACAUGUAUACUGUUUAGACAAGUAGAGUUGUAUCUAUUGUUAAUUAACAAGCUUGCUUCAGUACAAAUAUACACAAUAAAAGUUCUAUAUGAAGCCUAACUCUUAAUAUUCGUCCAUUAAUUAAAAUGUCUGCAGCUGACCCGUGUUAGUGAAACUUGUGAGAUCCGGUUGUGUUUCAACAUGCUGAAUAUAGAGACAGAUAUUUCCCCUGGAGGAACGGGUUACAUAUCACUGCCAGGUCGUGCGGCACUGUGGU